GAGAAUGGAUAAGAUGUCUAGAUGAGCUUGGAGUGGAAAACGGUAGAGAUAGAAGAGUAGUACUGUAGCGGUGGUUUAUAUUUUGCCCGUGUUUCCUGCUCUCUGAAUAUGAUAUUCGUAGCUGCUAGCCACCGCCUCCAACUCAGGAGACACGGUGGAAUCAUCGCGCGCGUCACUUCUCUUUGGAGUUCCGCAGCUUCCGACCAUGGCGGACUCGGUUCUUCUCCUAAGACGCCGUUGAAACCAAUUUUGGAUUCCCCGUCUCCUGUUUCCCGGCUAGUCUCACUUCUACGAGAAACAGACCCAAUAGAUUGGAGGGCCAGUCAUGAACUCGAUGAAUUCCUACACAGUCCUCCUUCUCCCAAUGUAGUCCUCCUGAUCGCCCGUCAAUUGGGUUCAGCUGAGAAGGCGCAACUGUUCUUUGACAUCCUCAAGGAACAUGUAUUACUUUCUCAGUCUCCCUCUUCAUCAUCUCUCUCCCUGGCGUUUCAAGCUAUCAUCGAGCACGCAAUGCGGGAGACUAAGAGCUCAUCCACUAAGCUCUACGAUCUCUUUUGCUCUGCUAAGGAAAAUGGAAUCCCUCUGUCCAUUAAUGCGGCAAUGAUGCUGAUCCGUUGCUUCACCGAAGCUCAAAUGUUCGAGGAAUCGGUAAACGUAUUCCAUGAACUUAGCCCUGAGUUGAGGAACAGAAAUGUGGUGAAUACUCUUUUAGUUGCUUUGGUUAGAGGGGCUUGUCUUGAUGAUGCUUUGGAGGUGCUCGACGAAUUGCUCCAGACAGACAUUUCUUUACGGCCAAACCAGAACACCUUGGACAUGUUAUUGUCUGAAAUUUGGAGGAAGGGAGGCGGGAGAGGCACACCAGCUGUGAUAGGUGAGGAUCAAAUUCAAGCCCUUGUUUCAAGAUUUGGUGAACAUGGACUGUUCCCGGAUGACAUCUGGAUAUCUAAAUUAGUAACCAUGUUUUGCAGAAGUGGUAGAUGUGAUAAAGCAUGGGAGUUUUUGCACGAUGUGAUUAGGUCUGGUGGUCUGGUAAAAACCGGUUCCUGCAAUGCCCUUUUGGCAGGGCUUGGUAGGAAGCAUGAUUUUCAGAAGAUGAAUAUGCUCACAAACAUGAUGAAGGAAAAGGGAAUUGAACCAAAUGUAAUGACAUUCGGGAUUUUGAUUAAUCAUUUGUGCAAGCUUCAUAAGGUUGAUGAGGCCUUGCUAGUUUUUGAAAAGAUGAAGGAUGGGAAUGAAGACAUUCAUGCUGUUCAGUCUGAUACAGUCAUUUACAACACUUUGAUUGAUGGGCUAUGCAAAGUUGGGAGGACAGAAGAAGGAUUAGAGUUGAUGGAAAAGAUGAGGUUGGAUGAGAAUGGAUGUAAACCCAAUACCGUUACCUAUAAUUGUUUGAUUAGUGGGUUUUGCAAAGCUGGAGAGAUUGAUAUGUCUGUUAAUCUUUUUUCCCAGAUGACCAAGGAUGCUGAACUAGUGCCAAACACGAUUACUUAUAAUAAUUUACUUGAUGGGAUGUGUAAAAAUGGAAGGGUCGGCAGUGCAAUGAAAUUGUUCACUGAAAUGCAAGUGAAGGGUGUUAAGGCGAAUGCAGUUAGUUACACCAUACUUAUUACUGCUUUUUCCAACGUCAACAAUAUUGAGAAGGCAAUGCAAUUAUUUACUGAAAUGACGGAAAGUGGGUGUUACGCAGAUGCAGUUGUGUACUACUGCUUGAUAUCUGGGUUAAGCCAGGCUGGAAGGAUGGAUGACGCUUGUCUUGUGUUGUCAAGGAUGAAAGAAGCCGGGUUUUUACUAGACAUUACUGGCUACAAUAUUCUCAUUGCUGGAUUUUGCAGGAGGAGCAAAUGGAAUAAGGUUCAUGAGUUGAUUCAAGAAAUAGAACAAAGUGGCAUCAUCAAGCCUGACUGUGUUACAUACAACACAUUGAUAUCAUUCUUCAGUAAGAAGGGGGGAUUUUCAAAGGCCCACACAUUGUUGAAGAAGAUGAUAGAUGAGGGGGUGGUGCCUACGGUUAUCACUUAUGGAGCAAUAAUUCAUGCAUAUUGCAUUGCAGGUAAAACUGAUGAAGCUAUGAGACUAUUUGAGACGAUGUGGUUGAGUUCAAAAGUGUCGCCCAAUCGAGUUAUAUACAAUAUAUUGAUCGAGUCACUGUGUAAGAGAGACAAGGUUGAAGAUGCCCUCUCUUUAAUGAAUGAUGAUAUGAGGGCCAAGGGUGUUAGGCCUAAUACAACAACGUACAAUGCAAUUCUUAAAGGUCUUCGGGAGAGGAAUUGGCUUGAGAGGGCUUUUGUAUUGAUGGACCAAAUGACUGAAAACCUCUGCAAUCCUGAUUAUGUUACCCUGGAGAUUCUCACAGGAUGGUUCUCUGCUAUAGGUCAAACUGAAAAGUUGCAAGCUUUUAUCCAAGGACAUCGGGUUGCAAACUCUGGUGGUAGUUAACGAUUCACAUCAUGUGUGUGAUGGAUAAUCCAAUUUAUGAGUAUGCGUACUAAAUAAGGACUCUAUUUUGAACAGAGAUGACACCUCACUACCUCACAAAUAGUAUUCAAGCUUAAAGUUAUUCCGCAGUGUUGUUUUCAACCAGAGGUGUAAUUAGAACUCUUGGGCAAUUUUAUGUGCUUUGAAACAUGCUAUGCAUGGUAUCUUUCAAUUGCAAGAGGCUAGGAGUACAAGUCACCCGAUCAUAUAUCUGUAAUGAUACAAUAGCUUUAAUUAAAUAGGGACAAUAUAGAAAGUAAACUAGCAUUUUUGAAAUAGUGGCUUUUUGUUUAUUAUUAAUUGAUUUCCUCUAGAUUAUUUGAUUUAAGAUUCCAUAUUACAGUUUUAUUUAUUGUUCAAGACAUAUACUUUGUGUAGGAUGAGAUUGAGGCUCCCAUGUAGGCGGAUCUCACUGUAGAGUCCAAUUCUGCAUAUAAAUACAUGAUGAUUAUUGGUUGAACACAAGCCAUUUGUAAGCAUCUUAUCUUUUUCUUCAGACUUGAUGUUUCAUUUCAAAAGCAGUGCCUCCAUGCCUCAGUUAGGGUAUUACUAUAUGGCCUAGAGAUCACGAGUUGAAGUCUUGAGAGUGGUCUCUUGUCAAAAAUUGACAAGGGAAAGCUUACUUAUUGAUAAUGUUCAAAUUUUCUAUUUAAUCAUUUAUUUAGGAUGUUUUUACUUGGACUUAUUUCACUCCCUGACCAAAAUAGGCCAGAUCAGACUUGAUUUAGACUUCGAUAGUUAUAAAAUACUCAAAGAUCAGAUAUUUACCAGAUCAGACCAGACCAUACUUAAACACACCAGACAAGGCCAUACCAGAUAAAAACAUCCUUAUUACCACAUUUGAUUGACUUCCGGGUUUAAUUUUGUGUCAAUUAGUUAGAUUUUCGUCCAAUUUAUUAACAGGUGUUGUUAAUCAAUUUUGGUUGUUUUUAUCAAAUUAGAUUUUCAGUCCAAUUUAUUGACGUGUACUAAUCAACAUUGGUGUUUAUCAGUUUUUGAUAAUUUAAAAGCAUCCUGGCGCUGAUACACAACAAAUCUUGGCUCAACUAGGGUUGACCAGUCAAUCUUCUGAUUUCCUGCCACAUCUAUCGAAAAAAGCAGCAAACAAGCGGACCAAUGCAGAAGAACAACCUGCCUGAAAUCUAGUGGAAAUCUAGUGGCAAGUUAGAGAGGAAGAAGAGAAAGAGCCGCUGGAAUCUGCACUCCUUAGUCCGGUUGUGCUGCCAUCGGAAAGAAGAACUGUGGCAGCAGCCGUAGUUCGCGUUGUCACUGAACUGUGCACCGCCGCCACACGCUCUGUACUCAGCUGAAAGUUCUGCUGAUAAAGAAGAAUCACCCCCUCUAUACUCCAACAGAAGCAGCGGACCCGCAUCCAUCUCGCCAUGGAAAUUGCCCCUGCUCUUUGGCGUCGGCGACCUCUGCAUCCACUCCCACUCACGACAACCUACAUAUAUCACAUUUAUAUUAUAGACAAGUCCUGGUCACAUCACGCCUGUACACUUUGUGGUGAAACCCUUCGAACACAGAACACUAAUGUGCACUUGACUGCUCUUUUUUAUUGUUUCUUUUCAAGAUUUCUAAAUUGACUAAAAUGAUGGCCGCAUUUUCAUGCAUUGUAGAGGGUUGUACAGAUAUACAGCAACACUAUUCCCCAAAG